ACUUUCAAGUUUGCGGAGUUGGCAUAAUUUAUAUUUGAGUGUCCCAACAUCCCAUGAGAUAGAUAUAAUUCUAGUUUACAACUGAGUUAACUAAGGCUCAGAAAGUUAAUUAGUUCAAAAUCACAGAGUUAAGUGCCCGGGUGUUUCCCGGUACUGGCGACUUGGCAUUUAUUUAUUUGUUAAUCACUUGCUUCUGUGAUAAAAUGGAAGGAGCCGGAGGGCCUGGAAUUCCUGAUGUAUGCAGGAGAGCCAUUUGAGAGGUGACCUGUAGAGACACAAGAGUUUGUCACUUAAAGCACAAACCUCUUCGCAUGACAGAAGCUGCUGUUAUUCUCUAGUUAGGCCAGAAGUCUGGUUCUGCUCCUGGGUGCCCAGGAAAGGGGGCGGAACGAAUCUCUGGAAUCUGCGUGAUUUAGCAUGAAUGACAGGCGCAGGAGAAACCACUUGUGGUCCGGCCGCGCGUUCCUGACCCACCGGCCUCCAGCCAGGACAAGCUGCUGAGAAGGCGGAAACCUGUCUCCACGUUUACCAGUCCCUCCUCCCUUUCUCCUCUCCACAUGAAUUCUCUCCUAACUUACACUUGUCCCCUCUUUAGUGCCCUGUAUCUCCCCCAGCUCCCGUGCGGGGUAUGGAGGAGCGGGGAAUUCGUGCUCGGGCACAGGUGGUAGUGAGAUGAGGUGGCCUCUCGGGUUCGUUCCAGCCCUGGAAACCUGACCUUAUCCCACAUCGUCUCAGCUUUCGGCGAGCCCUGCAGCCCCGGGACCUGUACCUAAGUCCUCGGAGGGCAAAUAAACCCCUAUUUGUGCGGGAGGGGCGAGGGAGCCUCGGGAUGCAGGAAAGCCGCCUGCGCCGUAUCGAGAUUUUGAGGGGGCCGUACGGAAGGACUGGUUGCGGGAUCUGGUCACCCCGGGGGCCGGGCCGAGGACCUGGGAGAGGGGGUGGGGGACCACAGGAUUCCUGUCAAAUGCGAGCCUUCCGCUUUUCCGUCGCGAGCCCCCAACCAAGGUGGGAAGAGGAAGGGGCGCCGGAGCUGCGGGGGAUGUGGCAAGCAGCUACCCCGAGGGACUGUGCUGUGAGUCCGGGAGCGGGCUGAGAGCCGGGGGAAGCGGCUGAAGAGUUUGGAAUGAACCCGGGGAAGGGACAGGUCGAGAUGGGAAGGAUGAGAUAAAACGGGGGUGGGGGGGCGGCGCUCCCUCCUCCCUGCGCUCUUUCCCGGAGUCUCUCCGCCCCCAGCCUCCUUCGCGGAGGUGGCCGAGAUGGCGCGGAUGCCUAGUGCCCCGCGUCCCCUGGCUGCCGCUGCAUUGGGCCCAGCAUCGCGACUCCUGGGCCCGGAAUGGAAAAAGAGGUGCCGCAGGCAGACUCAUCUACCUUGGACCUGUUUUGAUAUUUACCAGCUUAUUUCUGAGUUGAGGUUCUGACUCCUUUUCCUUUCAUACUUAUUUGGUGCAGAGGAAAGAGAUAUUUUUUUUUCUGAAAAUGAAUUUGACAGACCACCUUCAGAUAGUUCCCAAUACCACCUUGCCAUUCUCCCCAAAAGGCAACAGCACCUAUUUCCAGGAAGAUCUUCAGGAGAUCAUUCACACAGCUACCUUGGUGACUUGUACCUUCCUGCUUGUUAUCAUCUUCUUCAUGGGUUCCUAUGGCAACAUUAUUGUUUUCAUGUCCUUCUUUGACCCAGCUUUCAGGAAGUUCAGGACCAACUUUGAUUUCAUGAUUCUGAACUUGUCCUUCUGUGACCUCUUCAUUUGUGGAAUGACAACUCCCAUGUUCACUUUUGUGCUAUUCUUUAGUUCAACUGCCAAUAUCCCUGAUGCUUUUUGUUUCACCUUUCACCUCACAAGUUCUGGCUUCAUCAUCAUGUCCCUCAAAACAGUGGCAGUGAUUGCCCUUCACCGACUUCGAAUGGUGCUGGGGAAGCAACCUAAUCGCACUGCCUCCUUCCCGUGUACAUUGAUCCUUACUUUACUUCUUUGGGCUACUAGCUUCACCCUCGCUGCCCUGGCUACACUGAAAACUAGCAAGUCACACCUCUGUCUCCCCAUGUCCAGUUUGAUUACCAGAGAAGGCAAAACCAUCCUUUCUCUGUAUGUGGUUGAUUUCACCUUUUGUGUGGUGGUGGUCUCUGUCUCCUAUAUCAUGAUUGCUCAGGCUCUGAGGAAAAAUGCUCAGGUAAGAAAAUGCCCUCCAGUCAUCACCGUGGAUGCUUCCAGACCUCAGCCAUUCAUGGGAAGGUGCCAGAUGGGAGGUGCGGACAGCAUCCAGGGUGCUGGACCAGCUUUAUAUAGGAACCAGAACUUCAACAAACCACAGCACGUACAGACCCAUGGAUACACGCAGUGUUCCAACCAGUUACCAACUCCUGCAGCCAGUCGACUCCAGCUAGUCUCUGCUGUCAAUCUGUCCACUGCAAAGGAUUCUAGAGCCGUUGUUACAUGUGUAGUCAUUGUGCUAUCUGUGCUGCUUUGCUGCCUUCCCUUGGGUAUUUCUCUGGUACAGUUAGUUCUGUCAAGCAGCGGGAGCUUUAUCUUUUACCAGUUUGAACUGUUUGGAUUUACUCUCAUAUUUUUCAAAUCAGGAUUAAACCCUUUUAUAUACUCUCGGAACAGCGCAGGUCUGAGGAGGAAAGUCCUCUGGUGCUUCCAGUAUAUAGCCCUGGGCUUUUGUUGCUGCAAACAGAAGACCAGGCUUCGAGCUAUAGGCAAAGGGAGCCUGGAAGUCAAUAGGAACAAGUCCUCCCAUCAUGAAACCAACUCAGCCUACAUGUUGUCUCCAAAACCUCAGAAAAAGUUUGUGGACCAAGCUUGUGGUCCAAGUCACUCAAAAGAAAGUGUUCUGAGCCCCAAGGUCUCAGCUGGACAUCAGCACUGUGCUCAGAGCAGUUCAACCCCCAUCAAUACUCGAAUUGAACCUUAUUACAGCAUUUACAACAGUAGCCCAUCCCAAGAGGUGAGCACCCCAAAUAGUGUACAACCAGUAAAUGCUUUUGGAUUUACUAAAAUGAACAUCGCUAAGCAUUAUCACACCACUAAUGAUUUAAUGCAAGACUGUGACAGCAUUUCUGCCAAGCAAAUUCCAAUUCCCUCAGUUUGACACAGUAGAGACUAUAGAAUCUUGUUUAAGCUUCCUUUGAAUUUACAACCCAUUUUAAAAGUAUUUCAUUUAAGUGUAUCUGGGAGGGAACAAGGAGGGAAGAAGAGAGGGAGGGAGGGAGAGAGAGAGAGAAUGAAUGAAUGAAUGUAGGCAAUCAUUUGCAGUUCUAAACUAAAAUUAAAGAUGCAAAUAAUUACCAAUUGCCAAUUGAUUUUUUAAACCUAUGAAUGCUCAGUUAUUUGCCCUUGAAUGAAAAUUUGUAUUUAGUGAUUCCUUUGCAUUUUUUCUGGAAAUUGUAAAGGUUGACAUUAAAAUAUAUUGUUUAGAUUUAUAGCCUGAUCUGUAUAAUAAUAGUUUUAUUAAUUAUGUCUAUACUGACUCUUUGAAUAGACAAAAGAAGUUAUCGUGAAUUACAUUAAAAUAGUAAAUCAACAAUUUGAGAAGAAUCACUGUAUUUGUGUUUGAAUUAUGGAUUUGUUGUAUUCUUAAAAAAUGUAAAAUAACAGAUUUGUUAAAGGGCAUUUUUGAGAAGGCAGUAUUUUUAAUGAAGGAAUGAUGAAGUCUGCAUUUUUCCAAUGUUUGAAAUAUUUUUUUUAAGUAUUUUCCUAUAGUUUAACUGAAUGUUUUGCUAUGGCAGAAUAUAAAAAAUUCUUUGCACAUAACUUAAAGAGUUCUUCUUCCAGAAGCAUUAGGUCCUCUUGUCCAAUAAGACAGUAGACUAAGUAUGCAACAUCUUAAUUAUUGUCAUUCUUUAUUGUAGACAGUACCAUAUUGAGUCAAUUCAAUGGUUAUAAGAAAAGAGAGAGAGAUUUGGGAGUUUAUUAAAAGUUAAAUGCUUCAUUAAUGAAUAAUUUUAUUCAAGAGUUUAGGGAAUAUGGCUCUACCUUAUAUAGUACUCUUUAUGAAAUAGGAACCAUGAAUCUCUGUAAUUGUUUUGGUCUGAUCUUAUAUGGAAAGCAAUAAUAACUCCUUUGUGAAAAGAAGUUGGAAUGGGAAUGGGAAUUUUGCUUAACAAUUUUACAAAUAAGAGUAGUCAAGAAAUAACAAAAGUAUAACAAACUUGUGAGUUUUGUUUUGUUGGUCUUUAUUUACUAAGUGAAUUCUUAGGAGUGAAUUAUUAAAAUUAUCUUCAAUGUCAUUUCAAAGUAUCUUUUGUCCUUUAGUUAUCUAUGAGUUGCAGAUGUGUAGCGGUUAAAAAAAAAAUUAAAUAUUUCUUUACUGAUGACUUAUUUUGUUGUGCAUUGCGAUUCUAGUGUAGUUGAAAAAUAUAUACAUUCAGAAACAGUUUUCAAUUGCUUUCUGUUCCUAAUAUAUGCUCAUUCAUUAUUUUCAUUUCUGAUUGACUAUUAAUUUGAAUGUUUUGGGUUUGGUUUGGUUUGAUUUGUUUGUUUUUUAUUUUUUUAUUUUUCUUUAGUCUUUGGAUAGCAUAGUAGAAUGGAAAUAUUGCUAGAUACAAUGUCAAGAGACAUAGGAUCAAUUUUUGCCUUCAACAUUUACUAGAUGUUUGACCAUAGGCAAGUCACUAAAUCUCUCUGAGCCUCAGUUCAUCUGUAAAAUGGAUAUAAUAAAAAUCUUAGCUCCUACCUCACAGAGUGGUUGUGAGGAUUAUAAUAUUAUAUAAAUUAUAUAAGCACCUUGCACUUAAAACAUUGCAUAAAUGUCUGCUUUUUUUUUUCCCCCCUUCAUUUUUAAAGUCUUUGUAUUUUUGUUCAAGGCACAAUAGGUUUUUUUUGUUUGUUUGUUUGUUUUUCUGUUUUUAAUUAACCGCUACCCUUUACUUCAUUUUUAGUUCUGAACACUCUUGUAAAAAAAAAAAUUAAUCAUUCAUAUUGGUUCUGUUUUUUGAUUUUUACCAUUUUAAUUAAUUAAUCAUUUAAAUUAAUACUAUUUUCCAUAAAAAAACUCUGAGAGAUAGGUUGACAUGUUAUCUCUAUUUAACAAAUAUAAAUCUACCCAAAUAAGUUGCAAAAUUCCUUUAACUAUGUUAAAUUGUAUUUCUAUGCUUUGGGGGUUAGAAUAUUUAAUAUGUGGCUUCAGAAAACAAUUAUUACAAAAAUUAUUUCUAAUUUUAAAAGAUUAAGUUUUGUUUGUGCUUGUGAUUUGGAGUAAUUUUCUAUCGUGGUUCCCACUUUUUUGGAUAGAAAGGUUACAACGUGAAAAAAUUUUGCAUGCACAUUUGAGAUAAUGAGUCUUUUUGUUCUUAUCUAUGAGUUAUGUAUUUGUUUUGGUUUGCAUGAUACACUAAAGGCCAAACUUUCAGUCUCUUUUAUAUUUCUUAUAUCUUCUUUAAGGGCUAAAAUGGGCAUGAAGGGAAAAGAAAAAGUAACUGAAUAUGAAUAAAAGCAGGGAAUAGUUAAUUAUAAUGAAUUAUAUAGUUAUAUAGAUAUAUUACUGUGAUGCAAAGUGAUGUAUUUUCAAAUAUUUUGUAAUAUUUGCUCUUAGCUGUAAAAACCCAAAUUUGUAUUUCUAUACUAACACUUUAAAAGUUUUUAAAAUAUAUUAAAAAUGACAAAAUUUCUGAAUUUCACUUUGUAAGGAGAUCAUUAAUUUAAAUGAGUUGAUGUGGAUGUAAAGAAAACUUUCAGUAUUAUGUAAUUAACAUUUUUACCAUUUAGGUAAAAGAAGGUAUGUUGAAAAGAACUUCACAACCUUAUGGAAAUAAUUCUUUUAACAGCAGAAUUCAUGAGAUGAAAAGAUUAGUUGUGUUUUCUUCACAGAGAAUAGACUCUCAUUAUCCAUGGUAAAGAACUCUAGAUGUUGCUGUAAAUUUUUACUAAUAUGUAAUUUUUGUCCCAAACAUUGCUAAGUCAAUAAUACUUAAAAUACAUUUUUAAAAUACAA